CCUAUUUAUACUUCACACCCCACAAAAUAAAUUAUUAUAUUAAGACCCGACCAGCUAUGGGAAACUGCCAGGCGGCGGAGACGGCGGCGCCUUCCGCCGAGAUCGAGCAUCCCGACGGUAAGAAAGAGAAGAUCUAUCGUUCGAUCAUCGCCGGCGACAUCAUGUCUGCCUGUCCCGGUUACUACGUCGCCGUCGUCACCUUUUCCGGCGGCAGCGGAGGAGAAACACCGGCGAAGCACCUGAGCCUUCUCCGACCGAACGAUAACCUCAAUAUCGGUUACGCCUACCGCCUCGUCAGCUUCGAAGAGGUGUUGAGGGAGUUUGGGUUGAGGAAGAGGGUGAGGUUGAGCCGGCUUGUUGAGAGACGGAAGGAGGGGGAUGAAGGGAAGAUGGGGGAUGGCGCUGCCGGAGAAGUGGAGUAUAGCUCGCCGAAUGUGGGGCUCAGCACUAGCUAUAUUGGAGGGAGACCUAACCGCAGCUUUUGGAGACAAAGCCAAUGGAAGCCAACAUUGCCGAGCAUUGCUGAGCUCGGCAUUUAAGCUUUUAUUUUUUUAAUCUAUUUCCUUCUAAUAUUAAUAGAAAGAAGUAGAAGUUGUGAAAAGAGUGACACGUGUCAUCAUAAUGUACUUCUCUUUAGAUAUUCCAAUGUGAUAUUUCUCAUAUUGCUUAACAUAAUAUGUGUAUUGUACAUUCCAAACUAAUGGGAAAGUCUAAAUACUAAAUGAGUCCUUUUGGGGCAUGUUGAAACAAUCCCAUUUGUCGCACACCUAAAGCCUGGCCGGAAGCAUUUUGCAAAUCACAGUUAUGGCGCCCGCCUCUCAGAAGGAUUUGGCGAGCUCUCCCACCGAGCUCGCACGAACUCUUUCAGUCACACCAAUGAAAUUGUUGAACAAUCCUUUGGGCUCCUUGAGAAACGGGAAGAAGGGAACCCCCAUCCAUCAUUGUCGAUGCUCAUUUAUGGGUUUCGUGACACUAGAGUCCACCAGAGUCGGUAUCUCAUCCGCCACA